AUGGCAGAAUUCACGCACGAAAGUACGAAGGAACAAGAAGAGGAAGUUUUACAGGAGGAAGUAUUAGAUUUUGCACCAGCAGCAUUGGAUGACUCCCUGCCAGAAGUGGAGGAUCCUCUACAAGAAAUAAACUUAGGCACAGAAGAAGAUCCAAGACCUACUUUCAUCAGCACACUUUUAGAAGAACCACUCAAGUCUGAACUCAUGGCACUUUUGCAGGAGUUCAGAGAUUGUUUUGCUUGGCACUAUCACGAGAUGCCAGGACUGGACAGACAGCUAGUAGAACACAAACUGCCAAUCAAAGAUGGCUACCUUCCAGUUAAACAGGCUAGGAGAAGAAUGUCCAUGGACACAGAACUGAAGGUCAAGGAAGAGAUAGAAAGGCUGCUCAAGGCAGGAUUCAUCAGACCAGCCAUCUAUGCCGAUUGGCUAGCAAAUAUUGUACCUGUCCUCAAAAGAAAAACAGGGGCAGUUAGAAUCUGUGUGGAUUACAGAAAUUUGAAUGAAGCAUCUCCCAAGGACGAAUAUCCUAUGCCAAUGGCAGACAUGCUGAUAGACGGAGCUGCUCAUAACCAGAUGCUAUCUUUCAUGGAUGGCAAUGCAGGUUAUAACCAGAUCAUGAUGGCAGAACAAGACAUCCACAAGACAGCCUUCAUGUGUCCAGGGCAUAUAGGUGCUUUCGAAUAUACUGUAAUGCCUUUCGGUUUAAGAAACGCGGGUGCUACCUAUCAAAGGGCAAUGAAUUCCAUUUUUCAUGAUAUGAUAGGACAUUCUUUAGAAGUAUACAUAGAUGAUGUGGUGAUUAAGUCUCCCGAGGAAGGAGACCACAUAUCAAGUCUAAGGAAGGCAUUCCUAAGAAUGAGGCAGCACAAGCUAAAAAUGAACCCCAAAAAAUGUGUUUUUGGAGUCCAGGCAGGAAAUUUCUUAGGAUUCUUGGUUCACCAGAGAGGCAUAGAAGUUGACAAGAAUAAAGCAAAGUCCAUCAUGGAAGCCCUACCACCUCGGAACAAAAAGGAACUUCAGAGUCUCCUAGGAAAAAUCAAUUUUCUAAGGAGAUUCAUAUCUAAUUCCGCAGGAAAGAUUCAGCCUUUUUCUUCCCUGUUAAGACUAAAACAGGAACAAACAUUCAAAUGGGAAGAACAGCACCAACGGGCAUUCCAAGAAAUAAAAGAUUACCUCUCAAAUCCACCAGUUCUGUCCCCACCAAAGAGAGGCAGACCACUCAAACUCUAUGUGUCUGCAUCAGAAGUGUCCAUUGGAAGUCUGCUAGUCCAGGACAACAAGGAAGGAAAGGAGCAGGCAGUUUACUAUCUAAGCAGAACACUGACAGAAGUGGAGAGAAGGUAUUCCGCAAUAGAAAGGCUUUGUCUGGCCUUGUAUUUUACUGCUGUAAAGCUCAGACAUUAUAUGCUGCCACACACUAUCUAUAUCAUCGCCAAGACAGACUUGAUCAAAUAUAUGUUGACAAGACCAAUGCUGAGAGGCAGAAUUGGGAAAUGGACUUUGGCUUUGACAGAAUUCACCCUCAGGUAUGUCCCCCAGAAAGCUGUCAAAGGGCAAGCUGUGGCAGACUUCCUAGCAGAUCACCCAGGAGAGGAAAUUGAAAACAUGGACUCUUUGGACAUAGCAAAUGCAAAUCUACUAACCAGGGCUCAUGUUUGCCUUAACAAUCCAAUCUAUUCGAUUCAUCUUACACCUUGGAAACUAUAUUUUGAUGGAUCAAAGACAGAUAAGGCUUCAGGAGCCGGGGGUGUUCUGGAAGAACCAUUGGGGAUCAGACAUUGCUAUUCCUUCCAGUUAGAUUUCCAAUGCACCAACAACAGGGCUGAGUACGAAGCUUUGAUUAUAGGGCUUGAGAUGUUGGUAGAAUUAGGAAUCCAGUCCGUGGAGAUCUUGGGAGAUUCAAUGCUUGUCUUAAAACAAAUUGCUGGAGAAUACAAAUGUCUAAAUCCUUCCCUGGCUGUAUAUCUAGUAGCAGCUAGAAAUCUGUUGACAGAAUUUAGAGAAGCUACUUGGGAACACAUCCCAAGGGAAGAGAACUUUGCAGCCAAUGAACUGGCUCAGGUAGCAUCAGGCAUACAAAUGCCCGAAGACUGCGUCCAGAGGAUCAUCAAGAUAGGAAGAAAAAGUCUACCGUCAGUUCUGACUAGAGGAAUGGAGAUAGAAGUCAAUUCUGCCUUAAUCACUAAAGACGAUUGGAGGGAGCCUAUCAUGACUUACUUGCAGUACCCCACUCUGCCCUCUGAGAAAAGAGUCAGAAUCAUGGCUACAAACUACCUCAUGUGGAAUGAAGAUUUGGUCCGAAAAAGUAAGGAUGAGGUGCUAUUAAGGUGCCUUGGAAAGACAGAAUAUAUGAAAGUCAUGGGAGAAACCCAUGAGGGGAUCUAUGGGGCUCACCAAGGGGGAAGAAAGAUGUGCUGGUUAAUUAGAAGGUAUGGCUACUUCUGGCCAACCAUGUUGAAGGAUUGCAUCAACUAUUCCAAGGGAUGGGAUGGGCAAUGGAUCUCAUUGGCAAAAUCUAUCCAGCCAGCAGCCAGCAGCCAGCAGCAUUGUUUUAUCAUUGUUGCUACAGACUAUUUCACCAAAUGGGUAGAGGCCAAGCCAAUCAAAACCACAACUUCUCAAGAGAUCAUCACCUUUAUAGAAGAACAGAUCAUACAAAGAUUCGGCAUUCCAGAAUCAAUCACAGCUGAUAGGGGUUCUUCUUUCAUAUCUAGGGAUAUGCUAGAUAUGGCAGAAGCAUUCAAAUUCAAACUACUUCAGUCCACCCCCUAUUAUGCUCAAGCUAAUGGACAGGCAGAAUCAAGUAACAAGGUGAUUAUCAAUAUCAUCAGAAAGAUGCUGGAGAAGAAUCCAAAGCAAUGGCAUGAAAAGUUGUCAGAGACUCUGUGGGCAUACAGAACUUCAAAAAGAGAAGCAACUGGCAUGACUCCCUAUGCUCUAACCUACGGCCAUGAUGCAAUUCUGCCUAUGGAGAUAGCAGUCCAGUCUCUUAGAAUUGCUCACCAGCACAAUCUCACAGGAGAAGACUACUCUCAAGCCAUGCUACUUGAAUUAGAAGAAUUGGAUGCAAGCAGAAUUGACACCCUCAACAAACUCUUAGCAGGAAAACAGGCUGUGUCGAGGGCAUACAACAAAAGGGUCAGAAAUAAGAGUUUUGAAGAAGGAGAGAUAGUCUGGAAGGCGAUUCUGCCCCUUGGAGCACACAUAGCUGGCUAUGGAAAAUGGUCACCCACGUGGGAAGGUCCUUUUGUGAUUAACCAGAUCCUCGGAAUGGGGGCAUAUAGGUUGCAGGACAGAGAUGGAGUUAUUCACAAUGCCCCAAUCAAUGGCAAAUGGUUAAAGAAGUUCUACCCAACCAUGUGGGAUUCACAAGCUGUACAGACAGAUCCCGGGAUAGGAAAAGAACAAGGCUAA